AUGCAGUCUUUGGCGCUGGCUCAUGUUAAUAUUGAUCAUGGGAAGGUGGUGUUUGUCCUCUCAGAAGCUCGAGUAUCAGGUCGAGAUUGGCUCGACUGGUUUAAUGAUCGUUGCAUCGAUAAGUUGAUUUAUGGUCCCAGAAAUCGGGAUUUCUGGACCCCAGAAAUCGAUUUCAAGAACCAGAAAUCAGAAACCAUUUCUGGGAUCGAAAAUCGAUUUCUGAAAUCAUUUCUUGCAUUUUUGGAAUUUCUGGGACCAGAAACCAUUUCUGAGAUCGGAAAUCGAUUUCUGCAAAUCCCAGGCCAAUUCAUACAGCCGCCUGACCAAAGACUAAGCCAUAUCCAAGUCUCGACCCAGAAAUCCAUACCCACAAUCGACGUCUCCCAAUGGGCCGACACCAAGACCGCUCAAUCAAUCUGCGAGGCCGCAAGAACUUGGGAGAAACAUAAUCCUCGAUCGUCCAGACAUACAAGAACAGGGAAGGAGUAA